GCUAAAACUACCAAUGGCGAAGAAAACUUAGGGGACAAUUAUGCUAGCAAUACUAGAGUUGAAGAAUCUAUGAGUUCAAGAUUACAUUCGAAAGGUUCAUCAUUAUCAGUUCACAACGAAUCAGUACAUGCAAGAGACCAUUUCUCAUGGUUUUCCUAG